AUGGGCUGUCGGGUGUGCAGAGCGCGCAAGGUCAAAUGCGACGGCAGACCAAACGGAUGUCGCAACUGCGAGCGCCUCCAGCUCGACUGCGUCGGCGACAAUGGCCUCGCCGCCGGCCGAACAACCCCCAUGGCUCUCAGGAAGAUCCGCACCUAUCGCUCCUGUAAGAGCUGUCGCCUGUCCAAGACGAAGUGCAACGGCGACCGCCCGAAGUGCUCGCGAUGCACCGCCAAGAAGACCGAGUGCGUCUACGACGGCGGCUCGGCCCCGCGAUGGGCGCGAAACCUCGACCAAGGAUCCAGGACGGCGUCGACCGAAGGAAGCCGCAGCAAGUCGCUGGUAUGGCCAUCCUUUUUGCGGCAGCUGGACAAGGGCUUCACUUCCGACGACGAGUCGGCGCUGCUGCACAUUAUAUGUGCCCACGGAGCAAAAUUCUACGUCUUGAACCAGAAUGAGCACGCUUCUGCCUCUAGCUUCAUCCGCCUUGCCGGCAAUGAGUGGGCCAAGAGGGCCGAGUUCCUCAUACUGACCAAUUUUGGAAAGAUUUCUGUCCAAAGACUCAUGGUCGCCAUUCUACUUCAUGACUUUCACUUCCGACUUGGAGAAUACUCCCACGCCUUGAUGCUCAGCGGCCUUGCCGUCCGCAUGGCCCAUGCCCUAAAAAUCAACGUCGAGGCAUCUCUCGAUGUUCUGUGCACCGAUUCCAGCGAAUCUACCCCAUCUGUAGUCACUAGGGAGAGUCGCCGGAGGCUCAUGUGGGCGUGCUAUGUCCUCGAUGCAUGGGCUGGCAGCGGCAUCGAUCAACUAACUCUUCUCCGCGAAAACGAUAUCAAGAUUCAGUUGCCUACUAAUGAGAGGAAUUUCGGCCUACGGAUAGCAUCAGUCACAGAAACUCUAGGCGUAGGGCAUGUUUUGCAGUUCUUGCCGCCCUCUGCGGUGCCGAGAAAGCCAUCAGCAAACAUGGGCAUCAUGGCAUACUACAUCCGGGUGGUGGCGCUCUGGAAGCGAAUUGUCAGAUAUGUAAAUCAGCUGGACUCCCAUCCUCCGCCCUGGCUCCCGGAAUCGCCGUUUGCUGCCCUCGACGCCGAUCUUCGUCUGUGGCAGCGGGAACUUCCAGAAUUCGUCGAAUACUCCAUGGAAACCAUAUAUGCACGAUUGGACUCAAAUCAACUGGGAGCACUGGUCUUGAUACACUGCACAUAUCACCACAACUACUUGGAGCUAUACAAGCUGUCCAUGCCAGAUCUGCUCAAGCUUCCCAAACCUCUUCUUGUCCCGCCAGAGCACCACGAUUUUCUUCAAUCCGCACAGGCCAACUGCUACCAUCAUGCGCAGCAAAUAGCCGACAUCCUGGCCGAGGCUGCCGAUCAUGGAGCGAGUCUCUUAUCUGACAGCCUGCUUCCCUAUUUUGUAUACGACAGCAGCAGAGUGAUGCUGUACUACGUUGCGCGUUUGCUUGAUCCAAACAGGCCCGAUGCCCUGGCAAAACUGAAUGAUGCCAUCAACGCCGUUGAAAGCAACCGUCGGGUUCUCCGGAUGAUGUCUGCCCUGUUUCCGAUUGCGCAAUCACUUUCAAAUACCAUUGACAGGUGGCUGAUCAAGAUUCGGCAAACAUCUAAUCGAGAUGAUCUCGUGAGCAGAAUGAUGUCGGAAGCCAGCUCCGAAACUCAUGAAGGCGAAAAUACAUGCUUCCGUCCAUUUCUCUUCAUUCGCUUGCACGGACAGGUAUCGCAACGAGGCGAGCGGCUGAUCGUGCAAGCGGUUCCAAGCUCUAGUGUUUGGGAUCGCAACAAUGCGGCGCAGCAGCUCGUCGGCCUCAGUCAGGACGGUCUAAUCUCGUCACGAUCCGGCCUGCAGCAUGAACAGCCCGUGCCUACGGCGCUGCCGCAGCCGCCGCAAGUCCAGUCCAAGUGGGGUGGUCCAAUUCAACCAAUGUGCGAGGCACUCGAUCUUGAUGACUUGCAAAACUUUUUGUCGUGGGAUAUGUAUGGUAUUAUGGAUAUGGGCGACCCUAUUCCGGACGAUGGGGUCGACGAGAUUGCCAUGUCGUCGUGGUCCGGGUCUUGUGAUGCGAUAUAA